GGGAAAUUGGGAGACUAGUUUUAUUAGAAUGGGCAUACCAAAAAUACUCAAGUAUUACAACUAAGAAGAAAUAGGGCUGUGAAAAUCAUUACCCACAUUUAACAAGUAUAAUUAUUUAAAAGAAAGAAAUUAAGUUUUUUUUAAUCCAAUAACUAGAAUCUGAAAUUAAGGUAAAAAAUCAAAUAAAGAGUUCACAUGUCCAAAAGGAGACAUUAUUGAAUAAUUACCCUUCCAGUAUCCUUCAACUCCUAAUAGUCUCUAGGAGUUUAACUUUCAACCAUUCAAAAAUCCAGAAUUAACAAAUUAUAAGGAUUUGUUCAAGGACUCAAUUAACAGUUUUCAGAUUAAUUUUAGAUGGUGAUCUAUGAAGGAUGGUUUUGAGAGGAAAUCUGAGCUCUAAUAUUUGACUGUGUUAGAAAUUUUACUGUUUAACUUUUAGUCAAAUCAUUUCAUCACUCUGUCCUUGCCCUGUAAAAUGGGGGUACUACUACUUCCUUUGUUUGUAUUGGUUAUUUAGACUGUAAGUGCUUUGGGGCAGGGACUGUCUCUUACUACAUGUAUGUACAGUGCUUAGCACAAUAGGUAUAACACAAACAACAGUAAUAAAUAAAUGGCAUCACUUAAUUGUUUUAACACUUUGGGGUGGGUUGUUCCAAGGUGUCUUUAUGUUCCCCUUCCUUAUACCUCUUCUACCAUCAAAGUCUUCAUACCUCCAUGACCCUUCUCGUAGUAAGGGGAGCCGGAUGUAGCACCCUGUGAAACUCAUCUCUGCCACUCUGUGCAUUGAGGGGAAACUACUUUGAAGGUGACAAAAGCCUGGCUUCCUUGCCAGAGCUAAAAGAGGUGCCUGUGAGAUAGCCCCAUGGCUGGUGAAUGAGGGCCCUAGUUUGGGACAUACACGCUGACAGGACCACAUUACACUUUACGAGAUUGCCAAACUGCUCCCUAGAGUUACAAAAAUCAACAGUGGACUGUGAAUUAUUGCACUACAUUUUUUAAUCUGUUUCAUCAAAGAGAGCGAUAUAGCCACAACUCACUUUCAAAAAGAGUAGGUAGGCACUGGCAUCUAUCUUCUGUUUGUUUGCAUCAGUGCCAUGUGUAGAUAUUUUGUAUACACCAUAUGAAGUAUGAGUUGUGCUUUCCUGCAGGAUCUUGCUAGCUGCUGCUUCACUUUUGCACUUCUCUCCAUUGAAAAUGUAUUGUUUACAAGCUACAAUCUGGAGAAGGGCUACAAACACCUACACAUGUAUAACAAUGCAAAACACUCAGCUUCUUUCAUAACAUUUAAUUUACAACAUGACAACUGGAGGUCUCCACAGAAAUCUUUGAACGUACUAGUACAGUAUCUUUGCCACUCAGGACAGUGACAUUAAUGGGAAGUGUCCUAUGAAACCGAGGAAGGAAGAGUUCAAAUGGGAGAGCAUUACUAGAAAUUCCACUUGAAAGGGGACUCUUGGCCAUUGCAAAGUGAUUAAGUGGUGCUUUUUAUAGUAACACCCACAUAAUCUUAGGUAGCCAUGGAUUUGCUACAAUACUUUUAAUGUACAGAGAAUAUUGACUAACACUUUUGCAAAGCAGAGCUCAAAAAGUAUAUAAAGUGUGUGAUUUUUAUCUAGCCUGGGAUUUUGCAGUGGUCUUAUAAAAUCUUCAGGUUUUCUGAUUCCAUAAACAUAUGAAUUAACCAGAUGUUAGCAAAACUGUCUUGUAAAGAUAUAUAAAUUUACACUGGUAUUUGCAUGCAGCAGGCAUUUAAUGGGAAAGCAAAAUCCAUUUCAUUCCCCUCUUUCAUCAGCAGCUAUGCAAACCACAUGCAGAACAUUUCUUCAGUAAACUUGUUCUUAGGGGCCAGCUGCUCUCACUCUCCACGAUAGAUUUUCAUGAUGCAGUUUCAGUGAGUAAAACAUGUUAACCCCAAAAUCCUAGCAAAACUUGGAUGAUAUUGAAGCACGUAAACCACACGGAAAAUAAAAGCAUAAUGCAGAGUUCAGUCACAGGACAAAAGCAAACUGAGCCUGCAAUGCCCUCUGCAGGCUGCCAGAGAACUGUUCUAGAAGCUCCUACAAAGUUUCAUGCCAUUUGAAACAUCAAGUGGAAAAAAAAAAGUCCUAGAAACAUCAUUGAUGGAUUAGAUGACCCAGUAGAGAAGACCUUUCUAAGACACAUAAACUGGCUAUUUAAUCUAUUUCCCAGCCCUGUGACAAGACUGGUUUCUUUAUCUCGGACACAUCCCUGAUAAAAUUUCCAGUAACUUUAAUCAGCUCCAAUGUCAGCAAUUCCACAGCCUCCCUUGGCAACUUGUUCCAUAGCUGAAAUGGAAAAUUCUUCUGAAUAUUAACCUACAUUCUUAAACCCAUUGCAAGUGGUUUUGUUCGUAUUGACUAACACAGCUACAGUAGCCAUUAUAGUCUUUGACCAAAUUACAUCAUCAGUGCUCUUCAGGGUGUACUGCACACACAUCUUCUAACUAAAACAUAAACAUUCCAAUGAUGUAGUUAUUUAAUUCUAUGCUUAUUACCCAAAGCACACUCUUUUCUAUUUAAUACUAAUCUGAAACUAAGACACAUCUUCCGAAAUUAUCUUUUCUGCUAUGGAACAACAUGAGAUUUGAAUUAUUAAUAGUUAUUCUCUCACUUAUUUCUCACACUAUAUACCAUUGUGAGCUAGCAUAUUGUUAAGCAACUGUCUUGCAUAAUAGCAGGGAAAAGGGUCAGAGUGGAAAGUGUUAUUUGAGUGUCUAAAGUUAAUUUUUGCAUGUAGAUUUUUGGUAGGGAAUGUAUGAACUGUUAAUACUAUUCAAAUAUUUGGGCUAGAUUUUCUGGGGCAGCACUGAUGAAUGGGCCUAAAGGAACUACGUAUAACUCCUUGGUUUGCUACCCUGCCAUAGGUUAGAGCAGCCUCCCAGUGUUCUACUCUAUACCAGCUGGCAGUGGUCCCCAAGCCACACCUCUUCUUCCCCACUCUCAACAUGCCCCUACACAGGGGCUGCAGGAGAUUUAGUUUAGAUGGUCGGUAUAUUAUUAUUAUUAUUAUUAUUACUAUUUGUAUAACGGUAGCACCAGGGAGUCAUGGAUCAGGACCCCAUUAUGCUAUCAGGGUUCCCAUGCCCCAGGGGACUCCACAGCUGAGGACGUGCAGUUGGCUUCUGUUUCCUUUGGCUUAGGCAGGGUGGACCAGUGAUCCUGGCAGGUUCCAUACAUGUCCUUAUUACCAUUUCCAGACAUGGACCAGGUUUUCUUUUUUAACUGUAAUAGUCUUGGUAUUAUUUUUGUUACCUUUGGUAGCAACCUUUAACGUCAAGUUAACCAGUUUUCUACCUGGAAAUGUUGGAGUAGCUCCCCUGCACUAUCAAUCCAGAUGUGGGGCAGCCCUGGGAACUGGAGUGGGCUUGCGGGGGGCAUGCAUUUCCCCACCCCCUAUUUUCAAUAGCCACAGUCUGGUAGUGUACGCCUGUCGCCUUCCCCUUCGCUACUUUGUUGUCUUCAGAACCUCCAGUUCCCUGUUCCAGGAACAUUUCUCCCUCCACUCUCCAGGGGUCAAGUAGUUACAGCAGCAGUGUUUCCAAUGUAGUCGUUUUCCAACUCCCCCUCUCACGUCAGUUCCCGGGGAAAACGCUGCCCGUUCCUCUUCUCGUCUCUUCUCUUCUCCCGCAGGGCAGAGACGGUCCCCGCCGCAGGGCGCUUUUCCCAGUCUGACACCGACUGGCGAGAGACAGACGCUUUUAGAUUUUUCCCCACGCACAAGCCCCGUUGCAAUAGCCACGUGCCUUCGAGCAGCAAGUAGAUUUGGAGCAGGACAAGGCUAAUGCACACCCCGGAGGAAGUGAUCACGCGGCUGAUUGUCAACAUACGCUACAUCGAGCUCCAGUACAGCCGGUGCCUUCGUACCACCGCAAGCACUGUAUGGGAGCCAGACUUUUACUUUCCUUUGGCCUUCGGAGAUUACCGUGUUUCUGGAUCAGAGGAAGAGAAAUUACUCAGGGUAGUCUUGUUAAAUCUUCAGAUCUUGCAUCAGCAUUUAAAAUGGACCUUGACAUCCAGUGUGAAGAGAUGAGUGCGUCGAGAUGGACCGAGCUUAAAUCUUCCAUGAACACGAGCAAAACUGUCAGGCUGGAUGAUUGCAAUCUCUCUGCUAGUCACUGUAAGGAUAUUGGCUCUGUCCUCAGUACAAACCAGUCCCUGAUGGAGCUAACACUGAAUAACAAUGAAUUGGGAGACUCCGGCGUGGAACUGAUGUGUAAAGGGUUGAUGGCGCCAAGCUGCAACUUACAGAAACUCUGGCUGCAGAACUGCAAUCUUACAGAUGCCUGUUGUAAGUAUCUCUCUUCUGUUCUGAGCACAAAACCAACUCUGAUCGAGCUGCAUCUGGGUGAUAACAAACUAGGAACUUCAGGUGUAAAAGUGCUGUGUGAAGGAUUGAUGGAUCCCAACUGUAAGCUACAGAAGCUACAGUUAGAGUAUUGUGAACUCUCGCCUGACAACUGUGAGAUGCUCUGCUCUGCUCUGCGCACAAAGUCCUCCCUGAAGGGGCUCAACAUAAGUAACAACAAACUGGGAGAUGCAGCAAUAAAAGUGCUAUGUCAGGGAAUGAUGGAUCCCAACUGUAAGCUACAGUCGCUACAUCUGGAGAACUGUCAUAUCACAGCUGCUAGCUGUGGGGAUCUCAGCACUGUUCUUGCCAUGAAGCCAUCCCUGACAGAACUGUCUGUGGGAGAGAACAAGAUUGGAGAUCCAGGUGUAGCACUGCUGUGCCAGGGACUGCUGAAUCCCAACUGUAAAAUAGAGAAGUUAUGGUUAUGGGAGUGUGGUGUCUCACCAGCUGGCUGUAAGGAUCUCUCCCAUGUCCUCAGUGCAAAAGAGUCCCUAACAGAGCUGAGCCUGAUUGGUAACGAGUUGGGAGACCCAGGAAUGGAGCUACUGUGUCAAGGACUGACGGAUCCAAAAACUAAACUCCAAGCACUAUGGAUAAGGGAAUGUGGUCUCACAACUGCCUGCUGUAAGAGCAUUAGCUCUGUUCUUGGCACAAACCAGACCUUGAGAGAUCUGCAUAUGGGUGGAAACAAGAUAGGAGAUGCAGGGGUUGAAAUUAUCCGUGAAGGACUGAUGAACCCCAACUGUAACUUACGGUCUCUAUGGUUGGGUAACUGCAGUCUCUCAGCUGCUUGUUGUGGGAGUCUGGCCACUAUCCUCUCUUCCAAACCGUGCCUAACCGAGCUAGACCUGAGUAACAAUUCACUGGAGGACGAAGGUGUGAAGAAGCUGUGUGAAUCCUUGAAACAUCCAAACUGCAAACUACAGCAACUAGUACUGUACGACAUCUACUUGAGCUCUGAAGUGGAUGAUGAACUGAAAGUCCUGGAAGAGUCCAAACCUGGACUGAAGAUUAUUUUGUGAGUGAUGCAGUUUCAGAUGUGACCAUCUGCUGAGCACUGUCCUCUCCCUGUUUCUGCCUCUUUAUCUGAACUCUUCAUAUAUGCAGUUAACCAAUAAGUUCAAUGUAGAAUGUUUUUACCAAAAAAAAUUCAUGGAAUCUCUGCAGAACAAUGUCCCUCAAGGGAAUUGGCAGCCUGCUGUGUAUUCAUGAAUGUAUCCAAUCUGAGGCUCAUCAGAGCUUCAGAGUUUCAUCAGAGCAUCUCUAUCCCUGAGGUAAAGAAUACUAGACAUUUACAAGAACUGGCCUAUAGGGGCAGCUCUAAAAUGCCUAUUUAAUGGGUCGAUCAAGAUUUCUAGAAGUUUCCCUUCCAAAGAGCUGGCAAAAGCAGAACCACCUGGUGAAUGUCUAGUAUUCCAUAGACGGUGCUUUUGCUGAGUCUCUGGGGGAAAGUAUCCAGGAACAAAGCAAAAAUAUUGACACUAAAAUAACUGAAAUAAUGUACUCUUCCUGGAAGAAGUCAGUUUUUCCCCUGGGAAAGUAACCUUGGCAGAAACCCCUAGACAAGGCUGAUAAGAGUAGGUGCUCACUUAAUACUGGGACUUCUUUCUCUUGAAAGAAAUCCAUAAAGCUUCUUUAUUACAAGUAAAAAUGAUACUCUCUCUGCUAAACUGAAAGGGAGUAAAUUCUCUGACUUGUUCUGGCAAAAGUAGCUCUGUAGAAAUAUCAUUGUAAUAAAGUUUCAUUGCAAAGAA